AUGCCUCUCUUUCGACCAGUAUCUAAAACUCAUCCUUCUUCUUCUUCUUCAACUAUCUCGGCACGUAUGAUAAAUUGCAUACUGCUUUCUGUUUUGAUUUCCUUGGUCUACCUUCUCGUCUCUCUCUCGAUACCAAGGCUUCAAUCUAAAGAGACUAUUAAAGGCUACUUCCUAUCUUCUCAAGAUCAAUCUCAGAGCCUAACAAAGAUCGAUCACAUCGUCUUUGGGAUCGGAUCAAGCACGAAGUGGUGGCCUACACGUAGAGAAUAUGUUAAGCUUUGGUGGGAUGCUCAGAAGAUGAGAGGGUGUGUCUUUGUUGACCGUCCCUUGUCCUCUUUGGAUAAUCACAGAGAUUCUCAUCUCCUUCCUCCGAUUUGUGUUUCCGAAGAUACUUCACGGUUCAGAUACACUUGGAGAGGUGGUGACAAAAACGCAAUUCGAAUCGCGAGGAGCGUGUUAGAAACCGUAAGGAUGUUCAAUACCUCCUCAGAGGAAGUAAGAUGGUACGUAUUUGGAUACGACAACACUAUAUUCGUCCCAGAAAACCUAGCAAGAACGCUCUCCAAGUACGACCAUACAUCAUGGUAUUACAUAGGAGCAAACUCAGAGACUUAUCACCAGAACUCCAAGUUCGGACACGACAUGGCGUUUGGCGGUGGAGGGUUUGCUUUAAGCAGUUCGUUGGCUAACGUUUUAGCUAAAAACUUUGAUUCUUGUAUCGAACGGUAUCCACAUUUGUACGGAGGAGACUCUAGGAUUCAUGCUUGUGUGCUUGAGCUUGGAGUUGGAUUGACUCAUGAGCCUGGCUUCCAUCAGUUUGAUGUGAAAGGAAAUGCAUUGGGAAUAUUGACAUCACAUUCAACGAGACCGUUGGUGUCUCUACACCAUGUGCCCCACAUUGACCCAAUUUUCCCAAACUCAACAACUUUCACCGCCAUACGCCACCUCUUCUCCGCCGUAGAAGUUGAUCCUCUCCGUAUACUUCAACUCUCCGUUUGCUACGAUCGUUGGUACUCUUGGACCAUCUCUGUCUCUUGGGGCUACACUGUUCAGAUUGAGGGUAGGCAUUUAUAUCUACGGGAUGUAUUGCGAACACAAGAAACGUGGAAACCAUCCGGAGGGUUGGCAAGUGUGUACACAUUCAACACAAGAGAGGUUCACCCUGAUCCUUGCCAAAGACCUGUCACAUUCUUCAUGGAACAUGUUUCAUCUUCUCCGGGUGAUGGAACUAUUAAAAGUGUGUAUAAGCAAGCUUAUGAGAAUUGCACCUAUGAUCCCAUUUCAUCGCCUCGCAAACUAGAAGAGAUCAGAGUGUUUUCUAAAAGACUCGAUCCUGAUAUCAGACAAUUGAAGGCUCCGAGAAGAGAGUGUUGUGAUAUAUUACCAACUUCUUCCACUGGUGGAAACGUAAUGGAAAUUGGAAUUCGAGAAUGCAAAGCGGAUGAGUUGAUUUAUAUACAUCCCUAGUAGCAAUUUACCUAAUAUUCUCUCCCUUUUUUUGUUUACAUUAUUGCUAUCAAAUUUAAACCUAUAUCUUUGCAAAAUAGUUUUUAGUUAUUUUGUAAGUUUAAUAUAUUAAGCUGUUAAUUUCAU